AUGUGUCAGUGUGUAAUAUCGAAAUUUAGUAAUUUAGUUCUUUUCAUUAUAAUUACAUCCAUAUUUAUUUUCUUACCGAGAAAUACAAAGGCAGAUUCCCACGCUGAACGUUUACUCGAAAGCUUUCAAUGUCCCAUUUUAACACAAAACAAACCACCCUUUCGAACUGGUUUAGCUUUUGAGGACAUUUUACCUGAUGAUGGUAGUAAAUACGAUAAAAUGAGGCCACCAAAAAAAGACGGAAAUCCGACGAUUGUUUAUUUUCAUGUUACUGUUAUGGGUUUAGAUAGUAUUGAUGAAACUUCAAUGACUUAUGCAGCUGAUAUAUUUUUUGCACAAACUUGGAAAGAUCACCGAUUGCGUUUACCUGAAAAUAUGACCUCUGAAUAUCGUUUAUUAGAAGUUGAUUGGUUAAAAAAUAUGUGGCGACCAGAUUCGUUCUUUAAAAACGCUAAAUCAGUUACAUUUCAAACAAUGACUAUCCCCAAUCAUUACAUGUGGCUUUAUAAGGAUAAAACAAUUCUUUAUAUGGUCAAAUUAACUUUAAGAUUAUCUUGCGCUAUGAACUUUGCAAUUUAUCCUCAUGAUACUCAAGAGUGUAAACUUCAAAUGGAAAGUUUAUCACACACAACAGACGACAUGAUAUUUCAAUGGGAUCCAGAUGUUCCACUUGUAGUUGAUGAGAAUAUUGAAUUACCUCAGUUGGCACUCGAAAAGAAUUACACGGCAGAUUGUACUCAAGUUUAUUCAACAGGAAACUUUACUUGCUUAGAAGUCGUCUUUUUGCUAAAACGCCGCUUAGGUUAUUAUUUAUUCCACACUUACGUCCCAACAUGUUUAAUUGUAAUCAUGUCUUGGAUAUCGUUUUGGAUACAACCCGAAGCGGCACCAGCUCGUGUAACUUUAGGGGUAACCUCACUUCUCACUUUAUCAACUCAACACGCUAAAAGUCAAGCUGCUCUUCCGCCCGUUUCUUAUUUAAAAGCUGUUGAUGCUUUUAUGUCCGUUUGUACGAUUUUUGUGUUUAUGGCUUUGAUGGAAUAUUGCUUGGUAAAUAUAGUUCUUGGCGAUAACACCGGGCAAAAACCACAACCACCGCCGAAAACCGAACCGGUUUCAGAACCACGCGAAAAUUCAUUUUUAUUAUCUUCAGCUCCGAAAAAACCACCACCUUUAACACCGGCUCAAAAAGCGAGAAGACGAGCGAUUAAUAUCGAUAAAUUUUCGAGGGGAUUUUUCCCGUUUCUUUUUACGGUUUUAAACGUUACCUAUUGGAUUUUAUUUUACGAAUACAUCUAAUUUAAUGUAGAAUUAAAAAAAAUCGUUAUUAUUAAUAGAUGUAAAACAAAAAGAUGUGUUUAACGUUUCUUAGAAUGUUACUGUUUUAGAAAUAAAUUCGAUUCUGUGAUGUAAUCCUCAAUUACUUUUCAAUUCAAACUUUUAGGUACUCAUUUACAAAAAAAAAUCAUUUCAAAUGGAUUUUUAAUAGAUGGAUACAUGGACUAAUCGAAAAUUAAUCAAAGCUUAUAUUUUAGGAAUAAAUUAACUCAACUCAUUGUGUGUAUAUAAAGAGGAAAAAAAUUGAAAAAUUCUAAGUUGGUGCAAAGUUUGGUUUAAAAUGAAAUCGGUUUUAAUUUUUCUUGUUUUCGCCUUUGCAGUUAAAGGGGAGAUGACCCUUCAAGAAUAUGUUGCUGAUUUACAAACUAAAAUGACUGAUGUAGGAUUAUCUUGUGCUGAAAAAUUGGAUAUAAGUGAUGCGGCAAUGGAAGAAUUAACUCAAAAAAAAAUUCCAACGGAGCACGAUGGAAAAUGUGUAAUUCAUUGUAUCAACACUCAUUUUGGAUUUAUGAAUGAUAAAGGCUCCUUUGAUAAAGAUAAAAUUCUGGAAUUCUUCUCAAGUUUAAAAGCAAUUGAUGCCGGAAUAUACAAUAACAUAGUAGAAGUAGGAGAUAUUUGCGGCGUGAUUAAACAUGAUGACCCAUGUGAAACUUCAGCUGAAGGCGUAAAAUGCACCAUGGUUGAAAUGAAAAAACGUGGUGUUACUGAAGCAAUUUUUGAAAUUUAACCGAUAUUCCGAUUUUAUUAAUGUUUCUUGUUAAUUGAGUAUUACGCACUAAAAUAGAUAUUACAUAGCAGCAUUA